ACAGCCGAGCGCCCGGCGCGCUCCUUUUGACGUCACCCAGCGGUGCUGUUCCUGAGCUCCCGUGUCUAUCACCCAUCUGAUCGCCCCGUGACAGCGGAGGGAAACCCACCGGUACCAUGGCGAUGCUGGCUGAGCCUCGUAGGAAGCAGAAGUGGUCGGUGGAUCCCAGAAACAGCACAUGGAGUAAAGACGAGUCCAAAUUUGGCCAGAAAAUGUUGGAAAAGAUGGGAUGGUCUAAAGGCAAGGGUCUCGGAGCUCAGGAACAGGGGUCCACGGAGCACAUCAGGGUGCAAGUCAAGAAUAACACUCUGGGCCUUGGAGCCUCCGUUAACCAUGAGGAUAACUGGAUAGCCCAUCAAGACGAUUUUAACCAAAUUCUGGCUGAGCUCAAUAACUUCCACGGCGGGGCAGAUUCUGAUCCGCCUCCUAAGGAAGAAAAGAAGUCAUUUAGCCUGGAAGAGAAGUCCAAAUCUUCCAAGAAGCGAGUGCAUUACAUGAAGUUCGCCAAAGGGAAGGACCUUUCGUGCCGCAGCGACACCGACCUGGCCUGCAUCUUUGGGAAACGAGAAAAGACUAAGAAGGCUUCUCCACAGGAAGAGCCUGAAGUUGACUCCAAGGAAAUCGAGGAAAAUAAAAGCGAGUGUCCCUCGGAGGAGUGCGAGUCGGGAAACACGGUGACGAGUACCCUAUCCGUCAGCGAAUAUUUCGCCAAGCGCAUGGCGGAGCUGAAAAGAUCCCGGGGGCUCAAAACCGACCCGGACCGGCCGAAAACCACAGACUCUGCGGAUAACGCCACCAAAGACGCCGUAAAGAAACCCAAAAAGAAGAAGCGCGACAAGCGGGGGGGUGGGAGGCUACUUCCCGAAGAGCAAGAGGUCCCGGAAACCCAAGAAAGCAGCAAUUCUACCGCAGAAUGCGAGAAACCGAGAAAAAAAUCCAAGAAGAAAAGGAAAAACAAAGAGUUCCAGCCUGAGGACGCGGAACGAGCCGGGGAGGAAGAAGCGCGAGCCCCAGCUGCUGCAAACCAGGGCGAAGCGCCCCAAAAAAAGAAAAACAAGAGGAAGAAGAGUGACAAGCGCAGUGAGGACGAUACGCCAGAGACAAGCGCUUACUCUGCGCAGCCUAAGAAGAAGAAGAAAAAUAAAAGGCAGUUUGAUUAAAAACUCUGUUUAUAAAUUUUCUCUAAUAACAGCGAGUCUUAUUGGCCGAUUUUCUUGAGCCUUAAAGUCUUUGUCCGUGGAUCUCUCGGCCUGUUUUGCCCAAACUAACUUUAUUGAGAACAAAAGCAAAUCUUUGUGGUUUUAUCGAAUUCCAUACAGUCUCUUAUAGCUUCUAUAGGUCCCUGAGAUGAUCCGGUAGAAGAAUUCCGGUUAUGAGACGUGAAACGCGCUGCCAACAUUCUGUACCCUGGUCACACGCUUCAUUACACGCAAAGGACGUGUGCUCUGUGCCGGGGUCUGUAUGGAAUUACAUCGUCAUGGUAACUGUCUGGCUGAAAUGAUGUUACCCAAAAAUAAAAUUUUUCUUUUGUUUAAAUAAUAAUAAUAAACCGGUGUAAUUAAAGGA